AUGGCCCUUUUCGUCCACCGCAAUUGCCAGGUAGUGAGUUUCGCCCUCAACACCCUUGGAUGGAUGUUCUCCAUGAUUUCCAUGGGCCUGGCCAGGUGGCGAUUGUGGUACAUCUCUGCCCCCUCCCAGGGGCUGGCAUGCAUAGGGAUGUGGAAGGUCUGCACUUACCAGUCCGCCAACCUCCACAGCAGAAAAAUAGAGUGUCACCGCUACACCUACAGUGACACCUACCUACCGCUUGAUAUCCGCAUCGCUCAGAACCUGCUGCUGGCUGCCAGCCUCCUCGGGCUCCUGGGGAAAGUGCUCAUGGUCCCGGGUCUGCGGAGAGUGUACGCGGGACAGCUUCAGAAGGACACCACCUGCAAUCUGUUCUUCACUUCCGGAGUCCUGAGCAUCAUAGCGGGUGCAUUUAUCCUCACUGCUGUGACCUGGAACUACCACUCCGUGUUCAAUGAAGAGGGCGUACGCUUUCCGUCAUCCUUCCACAUCCCCUUCAGGCCGGACAGGCAGGAGACC